ACUCUCUCCUCUACCAUCUUCUUCCUGCUAUUGUCCACUCUCUUCAAGACUGUUGUAACUUGUAAAUCCAAGAUGCGUCAGCCAGUCAUAGAAGACCAAUACACUGUUGCGAGGAUAUAUUUUGGAUGUGUUGUUGGACUGUUGCUCAUCGAGUCUCUUAUCCAUUUUCCAUCAUAUUUCCGACUUCUACGAACAUGUGGUCAACCACCCCUUAAUUCACCAUCUCACUAUUCAAAACCGUAUACCAUCCUGCACAGACUCAUAACUCGCCCCAGCCUGGUCCCCAUUUUAACCAACCACCAUUUCCCCAACAUAUUCCGCUUUCUCGCCAUCGCUGGCCUCAAUAUCCUCUUCGGUUACAACAGCAUUGAAUACAGCACGGACUACAAAUUAUACGGCUGGCUGACCAUUGCGAAUGCCGGACUCGCCCUCCUUCUUUCAGCCCGUUCGAAUCUUUUCAGUCUAAUUCUGUGUAUCCCCAGUUCAACCCUCCUCAUCUACCAUCGCUUUAUCGGCUUUGCCACCUUCGUCCACGCAACUCUCCAUUUCUCUCUGAACAUCCGUCAUGAUAUCAUUACGAGUCAGCUUAUCUACGCCGUGGCGGCCACUCGGAUCAGGGUGGGGAUCAUGGCAUGGUUGAGUCUAGCUAUUCUGUUUACAACCAGUCUGCCAUUUGUGCGCCGACGCUUCUUCGAAGUAUUCUACUAUUCGCAUUUCCUGUUCUUUGUGUUCGUCGUGGGAGCGCUCAUCCACACCACAAACGGACCUGAAUUUCUCCUUCCCGGACUUGGGCUCUGGGCUGUUGAUCGCCUGAUCCGAUUUUGGUAUAAUUUUCGAAGCGUGGAGGUCAAGGAAAGUAAAUGGAAUGAAGGUGGUGUGACGAAGUUCAAAGUGGAAGGCAUGCGCAGUGUUAGACCUGGUCAAAUCGUGUGGGUUCAGAUCCCUGGCAUCUCGUGGUUUAAUUGGCAUCCUUUCUCUAUCGCUUCUGCGCCUGGAGAGGAUACAACAAUUGCUGUAAGGGGACUCGGAGGCUUUACGAAGAAAGUACAACGGCUUGGUGAGGCUUCUGGUGGUGCAGAGAAGAAGGAAGACCAAAUGGUGACAAAACUGAAGAUACGACUCGACGGACCAUACGGAGUAGGUGGGAUUCAAUGGGGACUUUAUCCCGUGACAGUCAUAGUCGCAGGUGGUAUCGGCAUCACACCCGGUAUCAGCAUCAUAUCGCACAUCAUGGCCAGAGCGUCAACUCUGAGAGAUGCCGAGAAAGAGUUGGGCAAGGAGUGGCAUAUUCAUCUUUUGUGGGUGAUUAAAGCCGCCUGUCACGCAGAAUGGUUCGAGAAAGAGCUAAAGAACUUCGCCACUAUAGCGGCGGAUCCUGCAAUUCCAGCCACGUUCGACGUUACAAUUCAUGUUACUGGUUCGAUGAUGACGCAGCUUCAAGUUGCUUCAAGCUCGACCACACCGAGCUCGGAAAUCGAGAUAGAGCCAGUCGGCCAAGAUGGAGGCACGGAGGAGCAUGCUCAUAGAUAUAGUGGUCUAGUGGAAAUGAUCCCAGGAAGACCAGAUGUUGUUAAGUGGAUGGAAAAUGUAAAGAGAGUGCGACCCGGUUUGAAUGCCGCGGUGAGCACAUGUGGGCCACGGCAGUUGCUGGAUGAUGCAAGAAAGGCUGCUGCAAAGGCAAGUCGAGACAGCAGCCUGUUUUUUGUUGAGGAAGAACUUUUUGAGCUUUAGAUUUACUGGGUAGAUUAAAGGGUUAGAAUAUCUUCUGUGGUGGGGCUGAUUUUCGCGCCUGAUAUCAAGGCCAAUAGGGCCUGAGGAAUUUACCUCACCUGUUAGAACCGAGGUGCCUUAAUUCCCAUGCAGUGCUGGAAGGCUAGAUUCUGCCACGCUGAACCAGAGUAUAUACAGCUAAACAGAGCUGAAUAUUAAGGGGUCACUGGCGAGCCGAGGAUUUUUUGAUAAGAUUGGCUCGUGUACUACGGAUUAUUAAUAAUGCGC